AUGUCCAACUCUGGGGAGGCAGAGCUCCUACACACAUUUAAGGGGAUUCCCUUUACCACCAGGUCUUCUCCAGAACUUUUAAAAUCCUUGGAUACUUUUGAUGCUAGAGAAGAUGAUGUCCUUUUGGUUUCCUAUCCCAAAUCUGGCACUCAUUGGCUUGCAGGAGUUAUAACAAAGCUUUACAAUACUCAAGUCACAAUAACAUCUCCCAUUGAAUUUGGAGACAUUUCCCAACUGGAGGAGCUGAAUAAACUCUCAUCAAAGAGAGUCAUCCCAACACACUUAGACUACAACAUGUUGCCUCCAAAUUUUAAGAGUAAGAAAUGCAAGAUGAUCUACAUCAGCAGAAAUCCAAAAGACACUGCAGUUUCCAUGUUUCAUUACUACAGAGAUAACCCAAACCUUCCCACUGUAGACACCUGGCCUGCUUUCUUUGACCUGUUCUUAAAAGGCAAUGUUGUCUGUGGAUCCUGGUUUGAUCAUUUCCUAAGCUGGGAAGAACAUGAAGAUGAAAAAAAUAUCCUCUUUUUGUUCUAUGAAGACAUGAAGAAGGAUCUCCCUAAGGUUGUAAAGGAAAUUAGUUUGUUCCUGAAUUUAAACAUCAGUGACAAUGAUAUCCAAGGCAUCUGUGAGAAGUCCUCGUUCUCAGAGAUGAAGAAUGACACACAAAAGGAGAACAGCGAUCCCAAUCACACCGUGUGUGCUCUGACAUCCAACAGGAGGCUGAUUUUCCGAAAAGGUGCUGUUGGUGAUUGGAAGAACUACUUCACUCCAAAGCAGAAUAUUAGGUUUCAGGAGAUAUUUAAUGAGAAAAUGAAACUCAGCAAGAUGGCAGACAGUUUCGUCUAUGAGUUCUGA